AUGAAAGUUGCCUUCUUGCUUGCUUCUGGUCAGCCUGACAUCACAUUGAGAUGGAAGACUUGGUGGCUACCAACUGCAUGCCUCUCCAAAACCUCACCUUUGUUAAUUCGGUAUCUGUCACCACCGUGGAGGUCGCCACCGGUCGUCAAGGGCGCUAAACACCGCCCCUUUGCUUGCACUAAAGUGGGCACAACUCCAUUGUUGAAGAUUGACAAUAUAUUUUUAAAGCGAUACGAGGGUGAUUUGUCAGAGUUGGAGUUGUACUUUGUUAUUGUUAAUAAUGAAUUUGGUGAGCAAACGUCAGAAGAGCUGGUUCCAGGUGACAAGAAUAUACGAGUUGUGAAUGAUAAUGUCAUCACAUUUAUUCAUCUUGUUGCCAAUCAUCACCUUAAUACUCAGAUUCGUCUACAAAGCUCUCAUUUAUUAAGGGGAUUUCAACAGCUUAUACAGAAAGAUUGGAUUGACAUGUUUAAUGAAAAUGAACUCCAGCUUCUCAUAUCAGGAUCUGUUGAUGGAUUCGAUGUAGAUGACUUUAGGUCUAACACAAAUUAUGCUGGUGGCUAUCAUUGUGAGCAUUAUGUCAUUGACAUGUUUUGGGAGAUUCUCAAGAACUUCUCAUUGGAAAAUCAACACAAGUUUUUGAAGUUUGUGACAGGAUGUUCAACAGGACCUUUGCUAGGAUUCAAAUGUGUCCAGCUUAAGCUAUUACAAUUGAAGCUGAGGAGAGAGAAGAUGGGAGCCGUAGAACAACGAGAAGCAUUCCCUGUUGAUGCCAUUGUUGAAGGGCCCAACUUUGAGUUUACCACCGAGACUCAUGAGGUUGGUUCAGUGCCAGAUCUUAUAGAGCAAAUUCAUAGAACAACUGCAAGAUUACUUCUUUACAUUAAGUUGAUGAAAGCGAAUAGCUCUGGAGUUAAAAGAGGAAAAGAAAGCUCAAGUUGA